AUGGCCGAAAUCAUUGGCCUCGUGGGCGUUGCAUCUCAACUGGUCGAGCAGGUUGUCGAGGCCAUUUCGCUGGUGAAGCAGGUCUGGGACGCGUACCACACCCUGCCUGACCAGUUGAGUCGGUGGCAGAGUGAGAUGGAGGAGUUCAGAGACAUAGUGCAAGCUGUGCAGAAUGAACCAGCCUUCGAGGAGAAAAUUGUCAUUGUAAAUCUGAAGGUAUGCAGCGAACUUGUUACAGACAUCGGAGUGAAGUACAAAUCGAUUCUAGGAACGAUCAAGGGAAAAGGCCAUCCGAAACUCGACAAGCUCUUCACGACGUUCCGCAAACUGCGAGAAGAAGGGGGCCUUGACGAUUUGUUCAAUCAACUCAACCGACGGAAAGGAUCAUUGUUGAUUAUCAUCAAUGAAAUACAACCGAGAUUUCUGAGGGCUCUGGAGCUCCAGCUCGUCGUCGUCGAUCAAAAGAUUGGUGAUCUCAAAUGCAGCUUCCUCACAGCACAAAACACUGUCACACAACUGUCCACAAAAUUGGACAGGCUAGAGGCAACCAAAACGCAGAUCGCUCUGGAGCACGCAUACCGCGUACAAGCGGACUCUCCAACAACCUCUGUGUACUGGAUCAACGCGAGCACAAGCGGCAGUUUUCAUCAGAGCUUUCGGAGGCUCGUCAGCGUUGUAGAGAUUCCUGGUAUAGAUCUCGCUAGAGCCGAUGUGGCCCAAGUUGCUAAGCAAUGGCUUGAGGGUCAGGACUCCGGAGUAUGGCUGCUGAUCAUUGACAAUGCAGAUGAGCUGCGCUUAUUCUACCCUGACUCGUAUCAGGAUGAUCCAUAUCGGGAUGAUCCAUACGAAUGUGAUGAUGACGCUCAGGAGCCACUGUCGAAUUUCUUUCCGGACAGCAACGUGGGGUCGAUCCCGCUCACAACCAGAACCUUCGCUGUUGCGAAUCGAUUUGCUUCCGAACGAAUCGACGCUGUCAUUAACGUGGAUGAAAUGACAAACGCAGAAACGGCAGAGCUCAUCUUCAGCCGAAGUGGCCUAGGGCCUGAGAGUGUCUCUUCUAAUGAUCUCGAGAAGCUUCUUGGGGCUUACCUUCAGUAUCUGGCUCUUGCCAUUACACAGGCCGCUUGCUACAUCUCUGAACGUAAGAAGUUCAACGCCUCGGUGUCGGACUACCUGAAGCUCCUCGAGGGUGGACCGCAACACUCUGAGUCGACCAUCAUGGAUACUCUCAGCAAGGAAUUCGAAGCACAUGGACGAUAUCGAAAACGCAAGUUUCAACGACAUCCAGUGGCGUUCACCUGCUACAUCUCGUUUCUACAAAUUAAGAAUAGCAACAAGCAGGCAGUCAAACUCCUCUCGACCAUGGCCACCGUUGAUCGAUCGCAAAUACCGAGGGAUCUCUUGCUGGAAGAUUCUGAGGAGCAGUAUGGCGAGACCCCUAAACUCAUUGACGCGAUAGCCAUCCUUGAAAAUUACCACCUGGUCACCAGCGAUGAUGGCAGAGUUUUCAACAUGCACCAGCUAGUGCAUCUAGGAAUGAGAAAGCUUUUGACGGAAGGAAAGCUCGACAGUGUCGCCGACGGUCUUUUGAUCAAACUCUCUGAAACGUUCCCCAAACCGGAAGACGAGAAACCAGAAAUCGGAGAUAUUUACGCAUCCCACGCGAAGAAGGUUAUUGACCACGAUGUUGAAGGGAAACUGCUUGGAGUAAAACUCGACCGUUGUCAUUACGUUUGUCGGCAUUACCUGCGCCGGGGUGACUAUAAUACUGCUUUUGAUCUUGCCCGAAAGGGCGCUGAUUGGAGCAGAGCCGGUGUCGGAAAAAAGGACCCCAAAAACUUGGGUUGCCCUGGACGAUCUGGCAUAUGUUUUACUGAAACGGGGCCAGUAUACAGAAGACAGAGAUUGCAGAAAAUCGUCCGCACAAAGAUUAAAGCACUCUCAUGUGUGAAUUCGGCUACCGCCAGCAGCGCGACUUGUCCGUUGGCUGCACACACCCUUCGCGUUUCUGGUCAAUGGACGCUGCCGUUGUGGAACGAUCUCAAACAGAUUUGCCGUAUACGCCAGAUUCUCAAACGGACAAGAAGAACUCAAACCCAGGUGCAGCUGCACAAUCAAAAUGUUUCUUACAAUCUGAGUGACCAUGGUUGA